AUGUUCUACAAAUUCUUCAAAGCAAGGUUUUUCCCUACGAGCUCGGUUCUUGAAAGUGGGGUAAAAUCCAAUGGGUCAUAUGCUUGGCAAAGCAUUCUCAAGGCAAGGGAGGUGGUUAAGCAAGGAGCAUAUUGGCGGAUUGGGGAUGGUGCUUCAGUGCAAAUUAGGGGUGACAAGUGCCUACCUGACAUGUCAACAAAACAUGUCAUCUCUCCCCAAAAAAACCUCCCUAUGAAUGCAAAGGUAUGUGCUCUUAUUGAUGAGGAUGGCCCAAGGUGGAUUACAGAGCGAGUAACUCAGGAAUUCUUUCCCCAUGAAGCCCAACAAAUUCUGGGCAUCCCACUAAGCUCAAACCAGGUCCUUAACCUUCUCAUUUGGGUUGGCACAAAAUCAGGGAAAUACACGACCAAGAGUGCGUACAAAAUGCUGAUGUCUAAGCCGGAUUUGUCCACUCCUAGCCCAUCUGAUACUUCGGCCCAAACAAGUUGCUGGAAAAGAAUUUGGUACUUGAAUGUUUCAAAUAAAAUCAAGCACUUCCUAUGGAGAGCUUGCCGUGAGUCACUUCCUACCAAAAAGAAUCUGCUAGCCAGGAAUGUCACAAGGAAUGCACUAUGCAAAUGGUGCAAUGAGGAAGUUGAGGACUCUGUUCAUGCCUUGUGGGGCUGCCAAGUACUCAAAGAGGUCUGGUGGGAAGAAGAAAUCCUUAGAAACCACCUCUCCAUGCACUUCGUGGACUGUAGAGAUCUAUGGAUUGGUAUCACAAACUUAGAAGAACCAAACUUGGCUGAACGGUUUGCCUUUGUCGCCUGGAGUAUUUGGAACAAAAGAAAUGCCUCAGGAAUGCAUGGAACGUCCCUUCCAUUUCAUCUGCUGUACUAG